CAGAUUUUUCCAUUUAAACGCCAGAUUAAGGAAAAUUUUCAGCAGAUUCAAUCGAAAAUCAGACCCGAAACAUCAAAAUGAAAUUCAGCGCGGUUUUGUGUUUGGCAAUCGUCCUUUGCGUCGCCGUCUCCCAAUCGUCCGCAAGACCAGACAAAAGGAGGGCCGUCGCUCAAACGCUUGAACUUAGAUUGCCUAACAGACAUCAACGCCCCGUAGGCCAACAUUUGACUAAAGACAUCCGUCUGGACGAUCUUCCCUCAGUCCAAAUGAGCCAUUUCUUCCACGAGCACGACGAUUUAUGGAAGACCAACUAUCCCCAAUACGCUAAAUUCGAGAGGAAAAACGAGGCCGACAGCGGUGUAUGGAAACCCUCUGGAGGUAGCUCCAGUAACGGUAUCUACGAGGUUUAA